UCAUACACAGUGUUUACCUCCAUCUGGAACUCUUGAAAACCAACAUGAAGCCAGUGAUUGUGGUGCAUGGCGGCUCGGGGGCUUGUCCAGACGAGCUGUGCAGAGCCAGCGUGGACGGUGUGAAGGCGGCGGCUCGGGCUGGAUAUGCGGUGCUGGAGAAGGGAGCCUCAGCUCUGGACGCCGUGGAGGCCGCCGUCAGAUCUCUGGAAGACAACCCUGCCUUUGACGCUGGUCACGGCUCGGUGAUGAAUGCGGCUGGGGAUGUGGAACUUGACGCCAUCAUCAUGGACGGCAGCACGCUGGCCUCAGGAGCCGUCACCUCCGUCAGGAACAUCGCCAACCCUGUCACCCUGGCCAGGGCCGUCAUGGAAAAGACGGACCAUGGCAUACUGACUGAUAGAGGUGCCAGCCUGUUCGCGGAGAAGCUGGGCAUCCCCACGGUCCCCACUGAAGCCCUGGUGACGGAGAUGGAGAGGAAGGAGUGGGAGAGACAGAAGUGCUACUCCAACCAGGUCAAGGAGGAGUUCAACACGCAGUGGUCAAAUGACACGGUGGGUGCAGUGGCUUUGGAUCGCCAUGGUAAUCUUGCCUGCGCCACAUCAACUGGAGGAAUCAGACACAAAAUGGUGGGCAGGGUCGGAGGCGCCCCCAUUAUAGGAUCAGGAGCCUACGCUGACAACCAGAGUGGUGCAGUGUCCUGCACUGGCCAUGGAGAAUCCCUCCUCAAAGUCACCUUGGCCAGACUAAUACUCUUCCACGUCGAGCAAGGACGUGGGAUCACGGAGGCGGUUGAGAAGUCCCUGCAGCACAUGGGGGAGCGAGUGCGUGGUGGAGGCGGAGCCAUAGCCGUGGGCCCCUCUGGCCAAUGGGCAGCCAACUUCACCACAGUGCGCAUGCCCUGGGCCUGUGUGGACGGGGUGGCCCUCCACUACGGCAUCGAGCCCAAGGAGAAGAACCAGGAGGCGCCAUAGAGGAGAGGGGGGGAUAGGAGAGGAGGGGAGCGGAGAGGAGAGGACGGGACUUUCAGGAGGCUCCGGGGAGGAGAAGAGAGUAUCAGCAUCAGGAGGUGAGGAGAGGAGAGGCGUUUCAGGAAGGUCCAUAGAGGAUAGGAGCAGAGAGAAGAGAAGAGGAGAGGAGGAGCACCAGGAGGCGCCAUAGAGGAGAGGAGAGAAGAGGAGGAGCACCAGGACGCGCCAUAGAGGAGAGGAGAGAAGAGGAGGAGCACCAGGAGGCGCCAUAGAGGAGAGGAGAGAAGAGGAGGAGCACCAGGAGGCGCUAUAGAGGAGAGGAGAGAAGAGGAGAGGAGUGGAGGAGCACCAGGAAGUGCAACAGAGAGGAGAGGAGAGGAGAGGAGAGGAGAGGAGAGGAGAGGAGAGGAGAGGAGAGGAGAGGAGUGGAGUGGAGGAGCACCAGGAAGCGCUAUAGAUUGUCUCCCUCACCUGGCUAGAGGUGGUAUUACAAGUCAAGUCAAGCGAGCUCACACCUAUUAUAUGUGCAAACGAUGAAGCCUGCAAACUGGCAAUAAAAUGUCCAUAAAUAGUCUGUAAACAGAUAAAAGGUUAACUUGUG